AUGCUCACGUUCAUGGCCUCUGACAGCGAGGAGGAAGUGUGUGACGAGAGGGCGUCCCUGAUGUCGGCUGAGAGCCCCCCGCCACGCUGCUGCCAGGAGGACAGGCAGGGCUUGGAGGAUGGAGAGGGUGCCGACCAGUGGAGAGGCCAGGAUAGCGAGGACGACUUUGAUGAGGACCCUGACCACUACGUCUGCGGGGGGGUCCCCGGGCAGCCGUCAGGCCUGGAGGAGGAGCUGACCCUGAAAUACGGGGCGAAGCACGUGAUCAUGCUGUUCGUGCCGGUGACGCUGUGCAUGAUCGUGGUGGUGGCCACCAUCAAGUCCGUGCGCUUCUACACGGAGAAGAACGGACAGCUCCUUUGUGACUACCUGUCAAUACGUUUAUAUGUGUAUCGGCUGACGGCCCUCGCCAUGUUUAUACACGGCUGGUUGAUCAUGUCCUCGCUGAUGCUGCUUUUCCUCUUCACCUACAUCUACCUCGGGGAGGUGCUCAAGACCUACAACGUGGCCAUGGACUACCCCACGCUGUUCCUGACGGUCUGGAACUUCGGGGCGGUGGGCAUGGUGUGUAUCCACUGGAAGGGCCCCCUGGUCCUGCAGCAGGCCUACCUCAUCAUGAUCAGCGCCCUCAUGGCCCUGGUGUUCAUCAAGUACCUUCCGGAGUGGUCCGCGUGGGUCAUCCUGGGUGCCAUCUCUGUGUACGAUCUCGUGGCUGUGCUGUGCCCCAAAGGGCCACUGAGAAUGCUGGUGGAAACGGCCCAGGAGAGAAACGAGCCCAUAUUCCCUGCCCUGAUAUACUCCUGUCUGACCCUCCUGCUGCUGGCCGUGUUCAAGAAGGCGCUGCCCGCCCUCCCCAUCUCCAUCACCUUCGGCCUCAUCUUUUACUUCUCCACGGACAACCUGGUGCGCCCUUUCAUGGACACCUUGGCCUCGCAUCAGCUCUACAUCUGACGGCGGGCCGGGCGCCGUGGGCUGGCGGCCCUGGGCGGGUCGUGACGGGUGCCCCCGCGUAGUGUCCCAUUCUAGUGCCAUA